AUGAAGGGUGGAUUGGAAAAAAGUGGGCAAAAGUUCAUCUGGGUGUUGAGAGAUGCAGAUAAAGGAAACGUCUUUGACGGUGAAGUUAGAAGAUCGAAGUUGCCAGAGGGGUUCGAGAGGAGGGUGUCGAGAAGAGGGUUGGUGGUGCGAGAUUGGGUGCCACAAUUGGAGAUUUUGAGCCACCCAUCGACCGGAGGGUUUGUGAGUCAUUGCGGGUGGAACUCUUGCAUGGAGAGCAUUGCGAUGGGGGUUCCCAUAGCAGCGUGGCCGAUGCACUCUGACCAACCGAGGAACGCUAUACUAAUAACGGAGCAGCUUCGAGUGGGUCUCCUCAUUAGGGAUUGGGCUAAUCGAAACGAGAUAGUAAUGGCAACAACCAUAGAAAAUGCAGUGCGAAAGCUUAUGGCAUCAGAGGAAGGUCGAGAGAUGAGGAAGGUAGUGAAUGAGCUUGCCACCACUGUACGUCGAUCAGUUGCCGAUGGCGGAGUGUCUCGUGUGGAGUUUGAUUCUUUCAUUUGUCAUAUUACAAGAGACACUUAG